AGACCGGUGCCUACCUGAACCUCCUCUUCCUAAUCCUGAUCGCUAUAUACUGGGCAUCCAAUAGGGGCAUAAGAAAACCCUAAGUCGGCGGUUAACUCUCACUCCUCGAUCUGCCUUCCCCAUCGCGAAAGAGCUUUUCGAUUUAAGAUGAAGUUCAAUAUCGCGAAUCCUACUACUGGGUGCCAGAAGAAGCUCGAGAUCGAUGACGAUCAGAAACUCCGUGCAUUUUUUGAUAAGAGAAUAUCUCAGGAAGUCAGUGGAGAUGCUCUUGGUGAGGAGUUUAAGGGCUAUGUCUUUAAAAUCAUGGGAGGGUGUGACAAACAAGGGUUCCCCAUGAAGCAGGGAGUCUUGACAACCGGUCGUGUCCGUUUGCUUUUGCACAGAGGGACACCUUGCUUCCGGGGCUAUGGUAGGCGUAAUGGAGAGCGCAGGAGGAAGUCGGUUCGAGGGUGCAUCGUUAGCCCUGAUCUCUCAGUUUUGAACUUGGUCAUUGUUAAAAAAGGAGAAAAUGAUCUUCCUGGGUUGACUGACAUUGAGAAGCCUAGAAUGAGAGGACCAAAGAGGGCCUCCAAGAUUCGGAAACUUUUCAAUCUGUCCAAGGAGGAUGAUGUCCGCAAGUACGUCAACACUUACCGUCGCACCUUUACAACCAAAUCGGGCAAGAAGCGCAGCAAGGCUCCCAAGAUUCAGAGGCUGGUCACUCCCCUAACACUGCAAAGAAAGCGAUCCAGGACCGCAGAGAAGAAGAAGAGAAUUGCCAAGGCCAAGUCUGAAGCUGCUGAGUACCAAAAACUUCUCGCUUCCAGGCUCAAGGAGCAGCGCGAACGGAGAAGCGAGAGCUUGGCCAAGAGGAGAUCCAAGCUUUCUGCUGCUUCCAAGCCAUCCGUUGCUGCCUAAACAUUUGCUUGCUGUAGCAGAGUUCUUAAGCUUGUUUUGCAAUCUGAGAUACUUGUUGGUUUUCCUUUCUCUUGGAUGAUCCUUUUAAUGGUUGAAUUGGAAUCGGCUGCAAUAUUGUGCUUGUUCUUCGGA